AUGCUGGCUGAAGCGGUUAGACAACCUACCCUUUAUACUUCGCAAACGGCCCAACGCCGCGCCCAGUCGCCGCCCAAUCUUCCAGACCGGCAUCGUAUAUUUCCGGAUCAGACCUCGGCGGUCCGCAACCGAGGCCCGCCUAGCGAAAAUCGGAAGAUUGGGGGGAUGAGCGCGGAGAGCGCGCAUUCAAUCUUCCGCCGCAUCCCUGCGCGAAUGUUAGCCAGAGCGCGCGCAAAAUGCGUCGAGACUUGCUCACCCGGUCAGGAGAUCCCGCACAUGGGCCUUCCGGCGGGGAUGUUCGGAGGUUUAUGCGAGCUUUCCGCCCGGUGGCGCGCAAGUUGCAGGACGAUGUAUAUCGUCUUUCCGUCCGCAUUGCUGGUCUCGCAGCGUCAGUCAGAUGGCGAAGGGUACGCGGGACGUCUCGGAGCACGUGUUGUCGCUGACGUGGCGCUGGGACGUGGCAGGAAAAACGAGAGAAAAGUCGAACUUGCUGCCAUCACACUGUGUCUCCAUUUAGCAGGCCUUGAGCUGCACGAGAGGCGGCGCGCUUGCUGCGAGCUCCGCUGGUUCGCUUGGCGGUGCUCGUAG